GGAACUUCACACAAAAAACCGUAUGGAAAAAUUCCUAAAAACGGCCACACUAUGAGGCAGCAUUUAAAAUAAUUCGCCGGUUGAGAUCGCUGUUUUCCAAAAAAUUUGUACCAAACUCACAAAAUCUGUUACCGCAAAGCGGGAGUAAGUGUUUAUAUAUGGCCACAGACAAAACUCCAAGCCAGGGUGUCCAGGCGCUCCACAAGACCAGGACGCGAUCCGGCAGACGGCGGGACUCGAACCACGAAUCCCCCAAGACCUGGAGAGCGGGCAACAGUCUGCUGCAAAAGCGCCUCCGACGCCUGAUUGUCGCCGACCGGGGCGGUAGGAAGCGGUCACGCCGCGACCAGGAGCCGGAUAUGUCCGGGACGCGCAAGAAGCUGCCCUUGUGGACCUGGGGAUCCAUCGUCCUCCUUGUCUGUGUAGGACUGGGUCUGUGCCUGCAGUUCAACGAAAACUCGCCGACGGUCGGCGGAUUCCUGGAGAGCUACGCCAACCAGUACCACUCGAUCGUCCACAACCGGGACAACUACUGCGAUCGCUCCCAGCGUCUGGGCAACAUCGUCUCGCACGCCCGGCCCCACAUUCUGCACCAAGAGCAGGCCUUGGACCAGCUGGAACUAGCUCUGGACAGCCCCAAUCGCCAGAUCAUCGCUUUGGUGGGCUCCUCUGGCGUGGGUAAGAGCUUCACGGCGCACAAACUGCGUGAUCAUUUUCCAUGGCCUGAAAAUGUCAAGACCCUAUCAUGGGCCGGCGGCCGGUCCGUGCUCCGUGUGCAGAGCAUGCUGUCCCAUCUCGUUUACUGCGGCCGGAACCUUAUCCUGAUUGACAACAUGCUUCCCAAGGAUGCCGAGUAUGUGCCUGUCAUCAGUAAACUGAUCAAGGGGCACGAGGAAAUCGCCAACAGAACCGAGCAGCCGCACCUGAAACAGUUGACGGUGGUGCUCAUCUUCAGCGUGAAUCGCCUGCAAGCCGACGAGUACUAUGAGGAAGAAAUGGAGACCCUGAAGCAACUGCCAGGCACCCAUGUUAUCACCUACGCUGCCCUGGAACCCGACCAUCUGGUGGACUGCAUUCACCGAGAAGCAAAGAUUGCAAAGGUGCAGCUGGAUGACGAUCAUAUUGAGGAGAUAAUCAGGGGGAGCGAUGCUCGCUCGUCUGGUUGCAAGUCCAUUCCGGCCAAAGUCCUGCUCUUCGGAAAGCCAAUCCCAGAGGCCCCGAGUGCUGCCAUAAACCAUCCAACAGACUGAUUCAAUACUAUCAACACGCCAAAGUGUUUACAUAUAAAUUUUAGUUAGGUCAUACAUCAAAGACAAUCCUGAGAACCACACGUGAUAAUUUUAAAAGAAGUUAUAAAUCUUAAGUUCGUUUUCGCACACAUUCUACAGGGAAAAUGCUGUUUUGUAAUUGCAUUUAGAAUCGUAAAUCAAUGUUAAAUUGGCACUUCAGCUGAGGAAUAUGUCCACGCCAAUGUGAAUUUCUGUGUAUUUUAAUAAUGUACAAAAUAGAAAUGUUUUCAAAAGUCUGUAAUAUAAUGACGGACUGUAUAAAAUAUUCCAAAAACA